AUGAAUGUUUUUCUUAAAGAUGAACUCAAGGAAAAGGAGAAAAACGUACAGAAGGCAUCGAUUUUCUUCAUAUUUUUUCCUGUAUUUUCUUCCUUAGAUUUUCUUAGAGGGUCGAGUGAUGAAAUGAGAACUUAUUUCAAUGGUUAUUUGACAGAAUGGAUGAUUGGAAUAUUUGAUCGAAACAUGCAAUUAUACAAUCAAUUGUAA